AGUGGAGUGGUCAGUGAGCUGAAAGAAGAGAUUCGGGAUUUGGUGUGUGAAAUGUGGACAUUCGAUCAGAAAGGACAGUUCUUGUGACAGAAAAUUUUACUUCAAGUUCCUUUACUUCAAGUUCCACACUCCCUUUGGAAAUGUGUAAUACUGUACACUGCCACCUGCGAAACUGGGAAACCCCACUGGAAUGUGUUUAUUUCUGAUGCCUAAAACACUUGGAUAAUUUUGCUUGGAUUUCCAAAUAGAAAAGCAGGAUUUAAGUAAUGAUUUACCUCAUCUGCCUUUUGUGUUUCAUCGGCACAUCAGAUGCAGUCAUGGAUCUCACCAUGACAUCAAAUGGGCGCAGUUCUUCGCAGCACUUUGCCCUCUCCUGCGUCACAGGGGAGCGCAACACUGAUGGAUUAGAACUUAGCAUCAAAAAAGACAACAGCAUAAUGCGUAUGACAAACAUGCCUCGUUUCACUGUGCAACAGCCUCACUCUAGAGAAGUGCUGGCUUCUGGUUUUAGUGGCAUGGAGCACAAGGGCAUCUUUUACUGCCAUUUGAAACAGGGCUCAAAUCACCAGACCACUGUCACUCUCAUCAGCAACUACAAUAACGGUCACCUCAGACCACAGAGGCUUUCUCUUGUGACUAAUAAAGGAGAUAUGGUACAUCUGGCAAUGGAAGUUGUGGGCAAGGAGGAAAGAGAUGUCACAUGGAAAUUUAAUGGCAAUUAUUACUACAUGACCAACUGGGGAGAUGUUGAAAAUCAGACAGCAGUUCUCACCAUAAAUGAUGUUAAGCCAAGCAAUGCAGGGAUAUACAGUGCAAGCUACGUAGGAGACAGUCCCAUCUAUGGAGCCUGGAUGCAUCUAAUUGUUCGCGAUUGUCCAAAGAACAAAUGGGGCACAUCCUGUGACAAGGAAUGUCCUGAGUGUCUUAAUGGUGGUGUGUGUCAUGACAAAGAUGGAGACUGCGUUUGUCCUCCAGGCUUCAUGGGGACACGCUGUGAGACAGCUUGUCGAGAAGGUAUGUUUGGAAGAAACUGCCAGGAAUCCUGUAAGGCGGAAAAUGGAUGCCAGGGUCAGACCUUCUGCCUUGUUGAGCCGUAUGGCUGCUCCUGUGCAAGUGGCUGGUAUGGACAUCACUGCAACAAACCCUGUCCUGAGGGAAUGUAUGGAGCUGACUGUCGUCUGAGCUGCAAUUGUAAAAACAAGGGUAAAUGUAGUCGCUUCAGUGGCUGCCAGUGUCCUACUGGUUGGAGAGGACAACACUGUGAGAAACUAGAUCAUGCUCCACAAAUCCUUGACAUGGCUAGGAACCUGGAGUGGAACCUGAAAUCCAGCCCAAAAAUCUUAUGCUCUGCCACAGGCAAUCCUCUUCCCAGCCAUACCAGCUUCGAGCUACGCAAGCUGGACAGCACAGUUCUUAUGCAGGCCUCCCACAUCACAAUGGACUCAAACAAGAGCACAGCUCAGUUUGAGAUUCCACACUUGAAUGCAGAGCAUGGGGGGCUCUGGGAAUGUCGGGUCUCAACUAAGGGUGGCCAAGACUUCUGUAAGUUCAACCUGACUGUUAAAGAGCCCCCCUAUCCAACCACUCCUCCAAAACUGAUUGAGAAGAGCAGCAAACAGCUAGUUGUAAAGCCUAUGGAGAGCUACAGAGGAGAUGGACCCAUUUUGUCUAUAAAGAUCCUCUAUAAGCCCACGGAGUCAGAACACCCCUGGUCUUCCAUUAUAGUGUAUGGUGAGGAGCCUAUUACACUAAUGAACUUAAAGCCUAUGACUAAAUAUCAGGUUCGGGUGCAGCUUACCCGGCCAGGAGAUGGAGGAGAGGGGCCUUUGGGUCCAGAAGUUACCAUGGAGACAGACUGUCCAGGUCCCUCUUCCCCAAGGAAUGUCCAGGCUAACCCCUUGACCGUCAGCACAGUUCAGGUUCGCUGGGAGCCCCCUGAGGAGCCCAAUGGAGACAUUGUGAAAUACGUCAUUGAAUACCAGCCAGUGGGCCAGGACAGCCUACACCCAUGGGUGGACACUGAUGAUGGGAACAAGACCACCAAGGAUGUGACAGCAUUAAAUGGCAGUACCUUAUACCAGUUUCGUGUGCGAGCUUUCUCAAAGGUGCCCGGGGAGUGGAGCAAGUUUGUGCAAGCCAGAACCCAAGGAGAUGGCCCUGCCAGAUUCAUUCCAACCACUCAGGGGGUUGGAAGGCCUAGGAAGGAGGAGCAUCAGCUGCUCUGGGCCGUGAUUGGCUCAGUGGCAAUCACCUGUGUCACCAUCCUGCUAGCGCUACUGGUCCUCUUCUACAUACGAAAAUCCAUUGUCAAACGCAGACGCACCUUCACCUACCAAUCCGGAUCUGGAGAAGAGACCAUCCUGCAGUUCAACUCGGGGACUCUCACACUGACUCGAAGACCAAAGCCCAACCCGGAACCCCUAACCUACCCUAUUCUGGAAUGGGAAGACAUUAAGUUUGAGGAUGUCAUUGGUGAAGGGAAUUUUGGGCAAGUCAUUAAAGCCAUGAUCAAAAAGGAUGGAACCAAAAUGAGUGCUGCAGUCAAAAUGCUUAAAGAGUUUGCCUCAGAAAAUGACCACCGGGACUUUGCUGGGGAACUGGAGGUGCUGUGCAAGCUGGGCCAGCAUCCCAACAUUAUUAACCUUCUAGGAGCUUGUGAAAACAAAGGUUAUCUAUACAUUGCUAUUGAGUAUGCUCCCUAUGGGAAUCUCCUGGAUUUCCUGAGGAAGAGUCGUGUUCUGGAGACGGAUCCAGCUUUUGCUAAAGAACAUGGCACUGCCUCCACACUCACUUCACAGCAGCUCCUGCAGUUCGCCGCAGAUGUGGCAACAGGCAUGCAUUACCUUAGUGACAAACAGUUUAUUCACAGAGAUCUGGCAGCCAGAAAUGUACUGGUUGGAGAAAACCUGGUGGCAAAAAUUGCUGAUUUUGGACUCUCACGUGGAGAAGAGGUGUAUGUCAAAAAGACCAUGGGGAGACUUCCUGUACGAUGGAUGGCUAUUGAAUCCCUCAAUUACAGUGUCUACACCACAAAGAGUGAUGUUUGGUCUUUUGGGGUGCUCCUGUGGGAGAUUGUAAGUUUAGGAGGAACUCCUUACUGUGGGAUGACCUGUGCUGAGCUCUACGAGAAGCUUCCUCAGGGCUACAGGAUGGAGAAACCCAGAAACUGUGAUGAUGAAGUGUAUGAGUUGAUGAGACAGUGUUGGAGGGACAGACCUUACGAAAGGCCGCCAUUUUCUCAGAUAUCUGUUCAGCUGAACAGGAUGCAGGAGGCAAGGAAGGCCUACGUAAACAUGGCUCUGUUUGAGAACUUUACCUACGCUGGAAUAGACGCCACCGCUGAAGAGGCCUGACUACUCGCCCCCCCAGAUUCCGGCAGGUUCCACAGUCAGAGGGAGUCUCAGCACAGCAGGGCGAUACGUUACUGCCAGCCCCCUGUUGUUCGAUUCCAUCGCUCAAAGAAGAAGCACUUGCCCGUGACUAUGGGCUGUAGAGGAAAGACUGUGAAAGGACACUUGUAGAGUCCCUACUCCCUUCCGUUAAGCUGUGGAUGAUCUCAGAUUAUUGUUAUACACUGGUCAGCUUGAUGAUAUAUCAGUGUUUGAAUGCUCAAAAAAGGGCAUCUAAAAGAGAUCACAUUUGUGCUGUACCUGUACCUGCUGGGAUCUGUGGGGAUUUUGACAUCUCUGUGAAUAUAUUGUUCGCUAUUAUGCGUUGCCUUGUAACAUUGUUGCAAUGGAAAAACAUAUCAAUGCAGUUCAUACAGAUGGACAUCGUUCUAUGUAGCACUAAAUAUAAUGACAGAAAAACAAGUGUACCAUAGUCAUUUCAGCACUACAUGUAUACUGUAUAUUUGACCUUGGCUGAUCUUAUAUGUUUGUAAAGGCAGUGUUCAUAAGGCUACAUGACACCCUUAAAAGCUUUUCCUGAUAGCUGACAUAACAAAUAUAAAUUAAAGGCUUAUUCUGACA